GCGUCCGUUCGAGUGUAUAUAAAAUUGUUGAUUAUAUCAACCAACAAAAUUGAACAUGUUGAAAGCUAUAGUACUUACCCUAUAAUCGUGAGAGGAAGGGGACAAAAGCCUGUACUAAAAAGGGAGAUGAGGUCAUAUGUAGUAAAUAUCGAAAGAUAUUUGACCAAGAUACUCCUCAAAGCUAGCGGUUAUGUGUGGAAUAAGUUGAAUUACUGAAGUCAGAGUUGUUUUGGGAAAGAUCCUUCCUUUUCUUGAGUACUACACUUACAAGAAUAUAUUUGUUGCUUUACGGUGAAAAUUUACGUACAAGUUUGUUCAAUUUUAAUAACAAAUACAUUACUUAUCGCAUUAAGGACAGACAACAAAAUGAUAUCCAUGCAUAACAUAUUAAUUUGAAUUAAUCAAAUAAUACGCGUUAUAUAUGCUACCGGAGAAGUCUCAUAUAAAAGAUUAGUUUUAAUGAGAUGGCAGAGGUUUCGUAGUAGUCGAGAUACUAUUUAUAUAAAUAAUAUCAAGAUGAAGGGAACUAAACACUUAACUUUGAUUAAUAGAUCUUAUACUUCAAUUAAUCAAGUUAGGUCAUACUCAACGAGAAACAAACGAAAUAACUCUGUAAUUGUACAAUUACAGGAAGAAAAUUCCAAGGAGUUUGAUCGUUUAGUUAAACAUUGAAAGAUUUGUAAAAUAAAUCCUGAACGUAUAUUUAGAGACUUAAAAGGUCUUUUAAAGUUAGAUGCUGUAUGAUUUGCGGCAUAUUUGAAGAUAAUGAGUAAUCGAGGAUCUAAAACAGUAGGACCCGAUAAAUUAUCAGGUAACUCACUUACCCGGAAACGGAUACUUGAGAUCAAAGAGCUUGUUUUAGCCAACGAGUAUAAUUGAGCUGGAGUUAAGCGGAUUAACAUCCCUAAACCUGGUAAACCUGGUAAAACUCGGCCUAUAGGAAUUCCAAGUAUUAAUGAUAGACUAGUACAGGAAGUCAUUAAAAUGAUUAUUGAACCUGUCUUUGAACUCACUUUUUCCAACAAUUCUUUUGGGUUUAGACCUAAUAGAAGUUGUCAUGAUGCUUUAAAAUAUAUUAAUACUUAUAUGAAAGAUAGUAUUUGAUAUAUUGAAGGUGAUAUUAAGAGUUAUUUUGAUACUAUUGAUCACAAAAUAUUAAUGCAAAUAAUUGAAUCUCGUAUAAAAGAUCCUAUUAUCCUUAAAUUGAUAAGAACUGGACUUAAAGCUAAAGUUUAUGAAAAUAAAUUAGUGUUUAUACCUGAAGUGGGAUCACCACAAGGAGGUAUUCUUAGCCCAUUAUUAUCUAAUAUAUAUUUGGAUAAAUUCGAUAAAUUUAUGGAGGAAUUAUGUAUUAAAUAUCAAGGAACAGUUUUACCAAAUAACCGUCAAAAAUCUCCUGAGUAUCAUGCUCUUAUGAGAAGUGGAAAUAAGAAGGAAGUUUAUACUAGACAAAUUAGUAGAAAUAAUCCUUUUCAAGCUGAGUACAGAACAGUUAAAUAUGUCAGAUACGCGGAUGAUUUCCUAAUAGGUAUUUGUGGUAGUCGGAAACUAGCUGUUGAAAUUAAGAACAUUAUUAAUGAAUUCUUUAUUAAUGAAUUAAAUUUAUCUUUAAGUGAAGAUAAAACUCAUAUUACUCAUAUUAGCAAAGGAAUACCAUUUUUAGGUCAUAUUAUAGGUCGUAAUACUUAUGUUAUUAAACAACGGUUUAGUAAUAGUAUAGUGAAUCGAAGAAUGACUAUUCCUACGUUAUAUGUAAAUAUGAAAAAGGUUAUUGCACAUUUAGCAGAAAAACGUUUCUGUGAUGGUAGUGGUAACCCUAUACCUAAUUUUAGAUUCCUUAGAUUACCUCAAUCUGAGAGUAAUAAGAAAAUUAAUAUGAUAUUACGUGGAUUAUGUAAUUGAUGAUCCAUAUCAAGUAAUCGUAAGCAAGCAACAGCUCGUGUUGCGUAUAUUCUUAGAUAUUCUAUAGCUAAAGUAUAUGCAGCUAAAUUUAAACUUCCUACAGUAGCCUCAGUGUUUAAGCGAGGAGGUAACGAUAUUAGUCGUCCUCUUGGUGCAAAACUAAAGUCAGCUGUAGGAGUUGUUGACAAAGCAAAUGUUAAGAUACCUGGGAUCUUGUAUGAUAGAUAUAAUAGAAUCCCAAAACGGGCAGGUAGCAAAUUAUUAAAAGAUUGAAAACCUGAAUAUCUUAAAGUACUAGAAAGUAAUACUGCGGAAGAAUUGUUUAAUAUUCUAAACAAUAAUAAAGUUAGUAAUCCUUUAGGUUCUCUAAACUGACGAUUACAGAAAUCACUUUGACACCAAGGUGCUCCUUGUGAUGUAUGUGGAUCAUUUGAUAAUGUACAAAUGCAUCAUAUUAAAGCUAUUAAGGAUAUGAAACCCCUUAAUAGUAAACUUUCCCAAUAUAUUCGAGCGAUUGAAUCUCCUCAAAUAGCUUUAUGUCAUAAACAUCAUCUUGAAAUACAUAAGGGUUCAUGAAAUAAAUCGCCAAUGAAACCACGUUAG